UGACAGGCAUCACUGAUGGGCACUGAAAGUCAGCACUGAUGGGCACUGAAAGUCAGCACUGAUAGGGGCACUGAAAUCAGCAUUGAUAGGUGGCACUGAUUGGCAUUGAUAGGUGGACACUGAUGGGCAGCUCAGAUGGGCACUGAAUGUGGCAUUGAUGUGCACUGAUGUGCACUGAUAUGUGGCAUUGAUGUGGCACUGGCACGAGGCACUGAUGGACACUGACAGGUGGCACUUCUGGGGCCACACUGAUCAUCAGGGCACACUGAUCAUCAGUACUCUGAUGAUCUCUGUCAGCGUGACAGCUCAAGAGAAGAGAAAUGCAGAUAACCGGCAUAUACCUGUUUACAUGUGAUCAGCUGUGAUUGGACACAGCUGAUCACAUGA